CCCGGCAACUCGCUGCCAUUGUGUUCGGCAAACGAGGUCUAAACGCGUCGACGUCGGCCCCUUCGACGACCACCUCUGUCUCGGACCAUGGACCUACGUGACGACCAACCUGUCCAGACACACACUGCAGAAUGGCAUGCUCCGUCUCAGUCUCCCCCGUUAGACGACCCAGCAGACAAGGCGUCCCGCAAACGCGAGCGCGAACUUUCAAUGGAGCCUGCUACACCUCAUGAUACACCACCAGAGAUCGAGCCCAAGACCGCCGAUCCCAAGGAGAGGCGCACACCGGCAAAGAAGAACCGAACGAGCGCACAAUUGGACGCUACCGAGGAGGAGGACGAGUCUGGCUCAGGUGUGAGCUGUUCGCCACCAACAGAGUCGAAGAUCAGGCAGAUCAGCCAGGGAGUCGAGGAUAUGACAUGGAAACAUAUCCGGAAGGACAGCCUCUGUGACCCAGACCACGAGAUGGAUGUUCGUGAACCCGAAUCUGAGGCAGAGCAUCAGACUGCUCCCGAGGUGAGCGACACACACGAGGAGGACGAGCAGGCUCAGCGAGGGGACGAUCUCGAAGAGGAGCCGAUCAAAGCGAAAGUGGCCGGAGGAGAUGAGGUCGCUGUUCCCCCAAUUCUGCUACAGGGAGAGAAUCCUCCGCAGGUCGAAUACGAUGCUGGCGAGGACGAACACGCCGGUCAGGCCGACCCAGCUGAGGUUCCCAGGGAAGCUCAGCCCUCCGACCCUGCUCCCCUCUUCGACAACCCGGAGGUACACCCAGAAGUCUCGGCUAUCUCUGCCAUACCGCCCGUACUCACGUCUUCAUCACCACCCCACUCACGUCGUAGCUCAGAGUCCGACGGGGAAAAAGGCGUCAAGCGUAAACUUCGCGACAGGACUGUCAGCGAGAGGUUCGUCCCAGGUGAGGCCGAUGGGGAAACCAAUGCGGCCACCACGAAGGCUGGCGCAAUCAAGCGCCAGCGAGACGAUGCAGACACUGACGUGAAUCCGCGUGUCACGAAACGGCCGACUCCUCCGCCAGAGGAGGCAGAGGGGACGUCGCAGAAGGCCGAGGCAUCAUCGUCGCAGGAUAGCAAGCCUGCUGCAGUGCCAGCGGCGCCGUCUACUCCUAAGUUUGGUGGAUUCAUGGCGUACGCAUCUACCAGCUCUCCAUUUGUGUCCGUAUCAGGUCAAAAUAUCUUCAACAAAUCGAAGUCCCCUCCUCCUUCGAGCAGUCCGUUCGCGUCGACGUCUGCGUCAACCUCAUUUGCAUCGGCGUUCACCGCUACGCCGUCUAGUUCGCCAACUAAGUCUGCGACGAAUUCCCUGGAGACGCCUCUCCCGCAGAAGCGCACGGGUUUCGAGGCCUUCGCGUCUACCUCAUCUCCGUUCGCCAGCGUUGCCAAGCGGCCUAAAUCACCUCCACCACCGCCGUUCAGCGGCAACAGUCUCGCACGGAGCCGCUCGCCAUCGCGCCAUCCAACCUCCGCGCGUACGGGGAGUGCAUUUUCCACCAGCGCUUUCUCGGCUUAUGCAGCAGGAGGUGCGCAGGGUUUCUCAGCGACGAAUUCUCGGUCCGAGCGGGCGAGUCCUGCGCCAAGCGAGGGUUCGACCAGAGGAACGAGCGUCUUGGAUGCGGGUACUAAGGAUGACGCCGACGAAGAAACCGGUAAUGGUACCGUCAGUUUCAGCGAGCGGUUGCGGUCACAGAAGGACGAAGACGACAGCGAGGAGGGCGAGCGAGUGAAAUUGACUGAACAGGAAGUCCACACAGGCGAGGAGGACGAGGAGACCGUAUACCAAGUUCGGGGCAAACUCUACGCCUUGAGCCCGCAGAACCAAUGGAAAGAACGCGGUACGGGUACGCUGAAGCUCAAUGUCCACAGGGAGGAUGGCACGGGGGCUCGCUUGGUAAUGCGGAAAGAGGCUGUCUACACGGUCCUAUUGAACGCUACGCUGUUCAAGGGCAUGAAGUGUUUUACGGCACAAGACCCUCGCUAUAUCCGGUUCAGUGUCUUCGAGGGUGGUACUGCAACGCACUACAACCUCAGGGUCCAGACGGCGAAGAUCGCGGACGAACUGAUAGAUGAGAUCAACUCGCACAUCCCUGGCGAGUGAACUCUGCACGUAGUUGCACACUGAUCUCCGGAUGAGGACGCUCGGACUCAGACACGCCGAUAUGUGUUAUACAAGCUACGAGCCCCGUGCACCUUUUGGUCUUUGCUAUUUUACACCGAAUCCCACUGGCAUUUGACGUUUCACAGAUUCUAGGUGCUAAGAUGACCUUGCAUUAUGAUAUCUUUGUGUGGAAGAGCGCGCUGAGGUCCUGCAUAGUGAACAAAUAUGCCAUUCCCGCGCUCCGAUAGACCACCAUCAUUCCGAGGACCAAUAUUAGGACGGCCACUCGAUCUGUGUCCAACGAUCGCAUGAUUCCAG